AUGAAACCGAACUGCGGAGGAAACCUUAUGUUUAACAUGUAUCUCUCAGAUCCAACAGAAAAUUUUUUGAAAGAGGGAAAAGGUUCGUCAUGGAAUCCUAUUAACACCGGGGUACAGAAAGGCAGCGGUCAAAUUCAGCUCUGGCAGUUUCUGCUCGAACUCCUGUCCGACAGCUCCAACAUGACCUGCAUCGCCUGGGAAGGAACUAACGGGGAAUUCAAGCUCAUUGACCCCGACGAGGUGGCCCGGCGAUGGGGCGAGCGGAAAAGCAAACCCAACAUGAACUACGACAAACUGAGCCGCGCUCUGCGCUACUACUACGACAAAAACAUCAUGACCAAGGUCCACGGAAAGCGUUAUGCCUACAAGUUCGAUUUCCACGGCCUCGCCCAGGUGUGUCAACCCUCAUCUACCGAACACGCUCUUUAUAAAUUUCAGAGCAAUUUCGCUCCCAUCCCGUUUUCGGGGAUAUCAAAGCUCAACCUUGUGGCGCCCGGCGUCGGUCCCUCCGGGUUCUCGUACUGGCCCGGCUCCCCUCCCACCCUCUACCACGGCCACAACCUGCAACCCCCGGGCCCGUUUGGAGCCGUGUCUGCAUCGCACAUCAGCUGCGUCAACAACAUCAACAAUUUGAAUAACAUAAAUAACCCGUACAACUGA